AUGUCAGUCUCAGACCUCGCCGCUGCGGGGAGUAACACAUACUCGUCAAACACCCUACAUGUUGGAGAUGGCACCUGGGACUCGGGGCGAGAUACCUUCUUGCUACCCAAUUUGAUGGGCGUCAAUUUUGAGACGAUGCGAUACAAUGGCAUGGGCAAUCGUUUCAAAGAUAUGGCCGGGUACCAUUCCAUUAUCAUCGCGCACGGCGUUAUUGCAGCAAUCGUUUUCUUGGGCAUCGUGCCCAUAUCAACCCUAAUAAUUCGAUACUACUCCCGAUGGAACCCAUACUGGGCAUUUAAAUUGCACGCCUGGGGUCAGGCGCUGACUCUGCUCUUGAGCACUGUCGUGUUUGUGCUUGGAUGGUUUGCUGUCGGGCCAGAAAGAAGCCUGACCAACCCUCACCAUGGAAUUGGCCUGGCAAUCUACGUUUUGGUUAUUUUCCAGGUGCUCUGGGGCUGGUUCGUGCACAAGGUGGAGAGCAAAAGACAACGAGUUCAUGUCCCCUUGAAGCUGGUGUUUCACCGGUGGAUGGGCCGUGCCCUCGUCAUCCUGGGCAUUGUUCAGAUCCCAUUGGGACUUACACUUUACGGCUCGCCCAAGGUCCUUUUCAUCUUGUUCGCUCUUGCCGCCUUUGCCUACCUGGUUGCUUACUUUAUACUCUCUUAUCGGUAUGAUACCGAAGGAUAUCAUAUGGGGAGUGAACAUGGCGGUGGUCAUAGUCAUUACACUGGACCGUCAGAGGUCUCGGAACACCAUGGGGGUGGACAUGUGGGUGAAGCACUCGCUGGUGGUGCUAUGGCCGCUGGCCUGGCUUCUAUGUUCCGACGACGUCCUCGCAGUCGCCACGCCAGUCAGGUCUACGAGGAGUCCCGCACCUCUGUUUCGGAUGAGAAAUACUCAAAUGAACCUUCGCACCAUGGUGGUGGUUUCGGUAAGAAACUCUUCGAAAUUGGCGCAUUAGCCGGGGCUGGUCUUUUGGCCAAGAAGUGGUGGGAUCGUCGAAAGAAGCGUGAAGAUGAUGCCGAGUCAGGUCGGUAUAGACCCGCUCCUCACUCGCGCACUCAUAGCUACACAGACGAGUCGCUUAGCAGGAUGGAAGAUGGCCGACCAGAGCCAAGCCAUCGAACGCCACUUAAUCGACCGCCGAGCCGUCCGCCGAGCAGAUCGCAGAGCCCGGGCUCAUCUUACUAUUACAACAGUACAUACUUCACCGAGCCACCCAGGCGGAGGUCAUCUGGCAUCAAAGAUGCGGUUUUGGGCGUCGGUGCUUUUGCUGCCGUGAAGAAAUUGUUUAGCCGUGGCAACAAGGAAGAUGAAGAGAAACAACGGUUGGAGGAGGUUCGCCGCCGAGACGACAUUGAUGAAUCAUUACAAAGAGCAAACAGCAAACGACGUCCUCAGGGAGAAGGAAGCUUCUACCCAAGAAGAAGGACCAGCUCGUACUCUGAAAGCGAUCUCACUGAAACAGACCUGACCCGCCCCCCUCGACAUGCAUCACAUGGGGAGUCUCUCCUCACUGCUGAGCCUAUGGCAUCCGGCGCUGUUCAUAGUAGCAUGGUCUCAGAUAUGCCACCCCCGAUGCCGCCAGCUCACCAACAAUUCUCGGGUGACUUGCGGCCUGAACGUCCCCCCUCUCGUCACUCCCGUCUUUCCCACGAUGCAACAGAGCUAGCUGCACCUGUUGCCGCCGGAGCAGCACUCGGAGCAGCCUCUCGCCACAGCCGAAGCAACAGCCGACACCGCGAUGAUCAUGUCGAGUCACCACCAGUAUCUGUCAAAGUCAAGAUGCACAACGAUGGACGACAUGUAACCCUUCGCCGACUGACAGAAGAAGAAGCAGCGGCAAGUCGCGAAGCCCGCCGCAGAGAAAGACGCCACUCUCGCCGUCGCAACAGCAGUAUAGGCUCCCUAUCCGGCCACGAAGACGCCCAUGAUGAUCGCUGGCGCCGCGUCGAAGAAAUGGAACGCCGACAGGACGCGGAAACACGACGCCAACAAGCCGCUGCAGGCGUUGCCCCCCUCGCUCCCCCACAAGCAACUAUGGCCCCCUCAUCCUCAUGGGCAGCGCCCCAAUCCCAAGUCAGCCUAAUGCCGCCGCCCCCUCCUAUCCCCAACCCUGCACCUUCGAGCAUGCCCUACGGCCCCGGUAGUAUCACCUCCCCUACAUAUACAGGCACCGACGUCAGCGGUUCAUACGCGAAUAACCGCCGUCGCAGACGUGCCGAGCGAGCCCGUACCCGCCAAGAAAGGCAGCAAGCGCAUGGUGUGGAGUUCACCUAA